GGCCCGACUGUACUCCGACGCCAGUUGAUUGCGUUUUCAAAUUGUUUUUGUUUUACAAUCUAGUUUGCUUUUAAUUUUGAUUCCGCUUUCAAAUUGUUUUUGUUUUCAAUUAAGUUUGCUUUUAGAUUUGAUUUCGCUUUCAGAAUACUUUGUUUAACAAUUUAUUUUGGUUUUAACUUUGAUUUCGCGUUGGAAUUGUUUUGGUUUUACAAUUUAGUUUGCAUUUAACAUCGAUUUCGCUUUUAAAUUAUUUUUGUUUUUAAAUUUAUUUUGCUUUUAAAUGAAAAAAAAUGUGAUUUUUCCUCCAAGAAAAUAAAGAAAUCGAGCGGCAUCGGCCACCAUAUACGUCCCAUGAGGAUGUGCGCUCUUUUUGUCCUUCGGUAUCACAACAUGGCCGUCGGAGGAGCCUACAAGUUUCCUGAAUUCCACACCCUUCUAGGGGACGAAGGAGCUUGCCCUGUUUGUAUUGAGGUCUUUGUAGAACCUAAGAGUCUUCCCUCGUGUGCACACAACGUGUGUCGAGAAUGCCUCGAAAAAAUUACCAAGAGAAACUCCAUUAGAUUCGUGGAGUGUCCGAUAUGUCGAGCGCGAUCAGAGAUUCCCCAAAACGGAGUAAAUUCGUUUCCAACCAACACUUUGUUAGUAAGGAUCAUAGAAAACAUACAAGGCAGAAAGGAGCAAAAGGCUAUCAAGUCAGCGCUCAAGAAAGCGAAAGAAUCGCUGGAAGAAGCUAGGAAUUAUCGAGAAAUGGUGAAUUCGAACAUUUCCUGUUUAGACGAAGUUCGAAAAGACGCCGAAGAACUGAAACGAGAGAUAUCAGAUCACGCGGAAAAAUUGAGACAGAAAGUUAACGAACACGAGUCCUGCCUGCAUGCUAAGGUAGAUAAAUACUUCAUAGACACUUAUCAAUCGGAACUCGAUGCUUCAAACUUCACAUCUAUCAAGAAACGACUUGAUGACUUCAUCGAAAAGUCAAGUAGUUGUAUUGAGAAUGUUGAGAAGGUCUUACAAGCAGGAAAGUUAGAUGAGAUUAUAGAACUUGUUGAAGUCUACGUGAGCCAACUUGGUGAGAUCCAAGGAGCUCCAAAGAUGGAUAAUCCAAGGGAAACAGCUACAUCGAACCCUGCUGCAUUUAACAUGAAGUUUCAUAAAGGAGAAGAAGAAGUUGUUUUUGGUUUCUUGAAGAAUGAAAUUGAGAAGGAAAUAGCUAAUUUAACUUGCAGGGAAGGUUUGACCAACUCCCCUUCCCUUCAGAGGGAUCAAGCACCUCCUUCAACUCCACAAGCUUUUACCUCUCCCCUAGCUAUCUCUCGCCAGCAAACUCCAUCCUUUAGGCGUGGUCAGUUGGUGCAAAGGGAACACCCAUCUGGCAAUUACCUUGUCAGGCGUGUCACAGUGUGUCAGCGCACUGGAGAUAUUGCUAUCCUUGCUGACGAUAGGGAAGUGUACAUAUACCAUGACACUCCACAUGGCUACAAGAACCCAAAAAGGCACAUUGUCUCAUUCCGUAUAAGUGACAUUGCCUUUUCCAUAAACAAUGAGCUUAUUGUUGUAGACAAUAAGCGCUUGGUUUUCUACAAUAGAGACCAUUCUUUUUCACAGGAGUUGUUAGCAGAUGAUGAAGAGUUUCAUUUUGUGAGUGUUGAUGCCAGUGGUAGGCUAAUUGUUACUGCAGAAUGUGAAGAUGAAGACUGUGUAGAAUGUUAUAUCCUUGUUUAUCAUAAAAACUUUGAAUUGAGACUUAGAUUUGGUCAAGGUUAUUUGUCAGGCGAAUGUGGUAGGGUUGAGUAUUACAAAAGUAAGUUUUAUGUUCCUGAUUAUCUCCAUGGUACGAUUUUUAUUUUCCAUUCCAAUGGAGACUUUCUUGAGGCCUUGGGGAUGACAAAUGUUGAAGCCCUAGCAAUUAGCCCAGCCAAUGACAGCAUUCUUGUAUGCAGGAAAGAAAGCAUGAUCUAUGUGUAUGGUGUUAACUCAACGGACUUAGGCACAAUAGCCACAAAUCCUUGGCAAGCAAAGUCCAUUGCUAUGACAAAGGAUGGCAAAAAUGCUGUUGUUUGUUUUGAAAAUUGCGAGUUUUUCGAUGUUCUUGCUUUUGUCCCGUAGGACAAUGUUCUUUUGAAGUUCUUUGUUGGAAAUGGAUAUACAGGGCCCUAAAGAUGAAUGUUUUCAAAUUUUGUAUAUACUCAAUAUUGGGCCCAUAGUGGGAGCUUGCUAUGGCAAUAUUUUCUCUGUCAAAGGGUUUUUUGUUCUUGCUGAAGGCUGUAAUAAUGACUGGAAUUAGUCUGGUUAGAUUCUUUUUUAGGAAUCUCUAAAUUUUAAUUGGGUGAUAAAAAAGAAAAUCUUAAAACAGUGUUACUGUAGUAGUUAAUCAGAUUGUAUUCUUUGGAAUCUUGUUUGGUGUCAUGUGAAAUAAAUGCCACUGUUUCAUGGA